UAUGAGUAACUAGGAAGUCCAUGUAUCGGUAACUAAGGACUGCUGUAGUAUUGAAGUGAAUAAAUGUGAGCUUUCUGCGAGUUAAUGCAAAACGUCGACUGGUUUUUAUGAAACGCUGAGCGGAGGCAAUCCGAGGUGCAUGGCUCUGCCGACAUUUUCGACCCGUGUGCCCAGUCGAUCUCGGGUCCUGGCCGACCAGCUGGCCCGGCAGCGGGAGCAGGAGGCCCGGUGGCGGCAGCAGUGGGAGCUACAUGCUCAGUACUUCAGAGAGCAGAGUGCCCGCAGCCAGAAACAGGCAGUGUGGAGCUCCCGUCACUCCUACCAGCAGAGUAUGUCAGCAUACCAUAAAGAGAGACUGAAGGAGGAAAAGAAAGCCAGCUUGGAGCAGCGCAGGAAUCGACUAAGAGCAAUGCUGCAAGAGGAGCAAAACCGCCUGGAGGCGGAGCUACGAGAGAUGGUCCCUGACAGGAGCACGUUGACAAGUCAUUUGGUGCAAAAAAGCGAAGUGCUUCGUACGGCAAGAGAAGAAAGAAGAAAAAAGCUCGCACAGGAGCUGCUGAACGAGCACUGGAAGAGAAACAACCCAGAGCUGAGAGAGCUGGAGUCGGCAUUACAUAAAGAUCACGUUGUCAGCCAAUGGCAGGAGCAGAUAUCUGAGAAGAAACAGAAAGAAGUGGUGGACAAAGAGGAGACAAGGCGCUUUGAAAAUGAAUACGAGAGGACCAGAAAAGAAGCUCUGGAGAGGAUUAAGCAAGCACAGGAGAAGAAGAAUGAAGAGGAGCGUAAGAGAGCGGAGGAACUACGCAAGCAGAUGGAAGAAUUGAAGCUGAGAGAGGAAGAGGCCACUCGUCUAAAAAAAGAGCAAGAGGCUCUCCUGGUGCAGCAGUGGGAGCUGGAGAAGAUAGAGGAGGACAGGUGGAAGGUGGAGGAACAGCGGAAGAGGUUUGAGAUUGGGCGUUUCUUGAUCCGUCAGUAUCGAGCUCAGCUGAGAAGAAGAGCUCAGCAAGUGCAGGAAGAACUGGAGGCCGACCGUAAGAUUCUGGCAGCGUUGCUUGAAGGAGAGGAGGUGGACAGGAGGCUGGAGACUGCAAGAAGGGAAAGGGCUGUGGCUGACGUUGCCUGGAUGAAACGGGUGAUUGAAGAGCAACUGCAGCUGGAGCGCCAGAGGGAGGCUGAGUUUGAAAUCUUACACAGAGAAGAAGCUCAACGUGUAUGGGAGAAACGAGAAGUUCAGUGGGAGAAGGAGAGGAAAGCCAGAGAACGGCUCAUGCAUGAGGUGCUCUUGGGGAGACAGCAGCAGAUAGAGGUGAAGAUGCAGAAGAACCGUGAGGCUCAGGAGGAGUCUCUGAAGAGACGAGAAGAGCUUAUCAGGGAGCUUGAGCAGGAGAGGGAACUCAGACGCUGGGAAAAGGAGCAAGAAGAGGACCGGAGGACAGCACGGAUGCAUGAGAUAAAUGCUCAGGUGGAGCAGCAACGUGAAGAGCAGUGGGAGGAGCGGUGCAGGAAAGAGCAGCAGGAGGAGGAAGAGCAGGAAGCCCUUCGAAUUCAAGAAGAGGAGCUGAGGCUUGAGAUGCAGAGGAUGGCCAAGAAAGGGUACCAGGAGAAGAUUCACAGCAGACCACGAUCAGCUUGGACAUGAGCAACCUGUCAGACUGAAGUUAAGCUGACUAUGAGCUUUAUAUUUUUCUGUUAGGAAUUAGCCUUAAAGGACAGGUUCAUAUUUUUUGGACACCCAUAUGUAGGCAGAAAAGCUGUUUGUUUCAGUAUAAUGGUCAAUACUGAGCAUGAAGAUUAUCCUUUGUCAUGUGACUUUGAAGUGGCAGAUGUGGGACAAAACUCAACAGUCCAAAUUCAGGGUAAAAAAGUCACAUUUUUUAAAGUUAAAAUAAAAGCUCCCACUCAUUGCACUCUCUGAACAUUUGUUGUUUAAGAAGACUCAAAGUUUGCACAGUUGAACUCCAGUGGCCAGAACUGAGAGAGGGAAGCAGUCUCAAAUGUCCAGUGUAUAUAUGGAUAUUUACUCUUUUAUGGCAGAUUUUUUUUUUUUUUUUUUAAAUGUGACUGUCCUUCUUUAAAAUCAUGAGACAUUCAAGUAGGCUACAUGUGCCUCCGGCUGUGCCAUAUUAAUUUUAAUGUUGCUUGUUGGAAUCUCUAUAGAACUGAUUUUUUUUCUCCCCACUUUUAAAGCUCUUGAAUGUGUGUAAAUUUUUUUAUUCUGAAUGUAUUAA